AAAAUUCUCUCCAAGUGGCUAAGGCCUAAGAGAGAAACAGAUAAGUGAAGAGAAGUAACUUCCUUCUCUAUCCUCUUCAAGCUCAACAACAAUGGCGUUAACUUCUUCACCAUCUCCUCCACCAUGCUUCUCUCUCCUCAAUUCACACUCUUCUAACAAAUCAUUUUCUCUCUCCUACACUACCUUCAAAUUUUCUAAGCUCAGCAGCCGCAAUUUCCGCCGUUCACCGCCGUCGUUCAAAAUUCGCGCUGCCGCAACCCUAAAUUCUGACAAUGGCGCCGUUAUUUCCGACUCCGAAAAACCUAAUGAAGCCAAUUAUGGACGUAAGUUCUUCCCUCUUGCUGCUGUUGUUGGACAGGAUGCCAUUAAAACUGCACUUUUGCUUGGAGCCGUUGACCGAGAAAUAGGAGGGAUAGGCAUUUCAGGGAAGCGAGGGACAGCCAAAACGAUUAUGGCACGUGGUUUGCAUGCCGUACUCCCACCUAUUGAUGUAGUUGUGGGUUCCAUUGCAAAUGCUGAUCCAUCCUGUCCAGAAGAGUGGGAAGAUGAAUUGGCUGAUCGUCUUGAAUAUGACUCGUCAGGCAAUAUCAAGACCAAAGUUGUAAAGUCUCCUUUUGUACAGAUUCCUCUUGGUGUUACGGAGGAUAGACUUAUUGGGUCUGUUGAUGUUGAGGAAUCUGUGAAAACAGGAACAACUGUUUUCCAGCCUGGACUUCUGGCUGAAGCUCAUAGAGGUGUCCUAUAUGUUGAUGAGAUAAACCUUCUGGAUGAAGGAAUUAGUAAUCUUCUUCUGAAUGUGUUAACCGAGGGUGUGAAUAUUGUUGAAAGAGAAGGAAUCAGUUUUCGUCACCCAUGCAAGCCCCUGUUGAUUGCCACCUACAACCCUGAAGAGGGUGCUGUACGUGAGCAUCUGUUGGAUCGUGUAGCAAUUAAUUUGAGUGCAGAUCUUCCAAUGAACUUUGAAGACCGUGUUGCUGCUGUUGGAGUUGCAACACAGUUUCAGGAACAAAGCAAUGAAGUAUUUAAAAUGGUUGAGGAGGAAACAGAAUUAGCUAAAACGCAGAUCAUUUUGGCGCGGGAGUACUUGAAAGAUGUUACUAUCAGCAAGGAGCAACUAAAAUAUUUGGUCAUGGAAGCAAUACGAGGUGGUUGUCAGGGCCACAGGGCUGAGUUGUAUGCUAUGCGCGUUGCUAAAUGCCUGGCUGCUAUAGAAGGACGUGAAAAAGUCAAUGUGGAUGACCUAAAGAAAGCUGUGGAAUUGGUAAUUCUUCCUCGUUCAAUCAUCCAGGACAGGCCUCCCGAAGAUCAGAAUAAGCAGCCACCGCCUCCACCACCCCCUCAACAGAAUCAGGAUUCAUCUGAGGAGCAAAAGGAGGAGGAAGACAAAGAGGAUGAGAAUGAUGAGGAGAACGAUGAGGAGAACGAACAACAAGACCAAUUACCCGAAGAGUUUAUCUUUGAUGCAGAAGGAGGUUUGGUGGAUGAGAAACUUCUUUUCUUUGCUCAGCAAGCUCAGAGACGCAAAGGGAAGGCUGGGAGAGCAAAGAAUGUCAUAUUUUCAGAGGAUCGAGGCCGCUACAUUAAGCCAAUGCUUCCAAAGGGUCCUGUCAAGAGAUUAGCUGUGGACGCAACCCUUAGAGCAGCUGCUCCGUAUCAGAAACUGAGGAAGGAGAAGGAUGUGCUCAAAGGAAGGAAAGUUUAUGUGGAAAAGAUGGACAUGAGAGCCAAAAGAAUGGCUAGAAAAGCAGGAGCUUUGGUUAUAUUUGUGGUUGACGCUAGUGGGAGCAUGGCAUUAAACCGUAUGCAGAAUGCAAAAGGUGCAGCACUCAAGUUGUUGGCUGAGAGCUAUACAAGUAGAAUCAGACUUCGUCUUCUCAUAUUUCAUUUCAGUGUGUCCAAUAGAGGGAUUAUUAUGUCCCAAUCUGUUGAGUCACUUCUAUUGAAUAUUUUAAUUAUUGUUAUGGAGAUUCCCUAUGUUGAUUUUUUUGGACAAUGUUUACUUAAGGUUGCUAUCAUUCCAUUUCGUGGAGACUCUGCCGAAGUUCUCCUGCCUCCUUCCAGAUCAAUCUCAAUGGCAAGAAAACGUCUUGAGAGACUUCCAUGUGGUGGAGGAUCUCCUCUAGCUCAUGGUCUUACAACGGCUGUCAGGGUUGGAUUAAAUGCAGAAAAAAGCGGAGAUGUUGGACGCAUCAUGAUUGUUGCUAUAACUGAUGGUAGAGCAAACAUAUCACUGAAAAGAUCUACAGAUCCAGAAGCAGUCCCUGCAGAUGCCCCUCGGCCUACUACAAAGGAAUUAAAGGAUGAGAUUCUCGAAGUGGCUGGUAAAAUAUACAAAGCAGGAAUGUCAUUGCUCGUCAUCGACACGGAAAACAAAUUUGUAUCCACUGGUUUCGCCAAAGAGAUUGCCAGAAUCGCUCAGGGAAAAUACUAUUACUUGCCUAAUGCUUCAGAUGCUGUAAUCUCAGCAACAACCAAGGAAGCCUUGUCAGAUUUGAAAAAUUCGUAACCAGAAUAUAAAUAUAUCUUCAACAUGCUUAAUUUUUUUUGUAGAUCAUAAUUUAAUUAUGUUAAUAGAGUUCCGAUUUGUUCUUUGUCCUAAAAAGACGUUUUAAUGUCUCCAUUCCAUUUGUGUAUCUUAUUAGUAACUCCUCACCUAAGGUUAUCAUUGAUACCUUGCAAUGAUUUCCUAGAUACUCUCUUUGUAUUUUUUUAUCUUUCUCACUUAGAAUCUUGACACUAUUCACAAUUAGAGAGAAUCUUUUAGAUUUUUCUCAAUAUAUAAGAAAAAACAUAGGUCUUGUUUGAUU